ACAGAGGAGGGGUGAAGGAAGGCUGUGACUAAAGCAUGUCACUCAGAGAGGACUGAGCAUUGUGUGGAUCUCAUUUGAUAUUUUCACCAGGCAGUGGUGAGGACAGGACGUAGGAAAAGUGCUCACAGGAAGAGUGCUAUUUGUGUGGAGCUGGGAAAGACACACAGGAAUACAAAGAUUCCAAAGUGCAGAGAACGACUCUUUCAGCUCUACCAGUUCAGUAAAAAGAGCGACAGAAGAAAGAGAGAUGUCAAGUGCAAUCUUGAGACGAAACUCCAGCAAACAAGGCUUGCAGAACCUCCUCAGAGUGACGGCUCAACGCAGUAUUGAGGAUGCGGAAGAAAUCGAGAGGGAACGCCGCCGCCGGGCACGAGAGGCUCUCAGAAAGGAACACAGCAUCACCGGAUCAGCCGGAUCUCCUCAGGACAGCUCUGGACCCACUGAAGAGUGCCUCUUUGAGAGUGAACUGAAACCCAGCAGCUCUGGUACACUGGAAGAGGAUGAAGGUUUCAGUGACUGGACUCAGAGGUUGGAGAGGGGCAGACGGGUCAGGCAGGAGGAAAAUGACACUAGAGAGGAGGACUUGGAGGUGGAAAGAACCAUGAAUGGAGGAAGCAGAAGAGAGGAGAUCAGCUCCACCGUACUAAAUCAACAGCAUAUUGAACAAGGCAAAGUGGAAGAAAUGGUGGACUACAUCCCAGGGAGGAAGAGCAGUGAGAAGCGCAUGUUGUUCAGAGACAAGACAAGCAGCCUUAGGGCCAGAGAGACACCAGAAUGGAAGGAAGAUUUAAUCAGAGUUAAAAAUAGACAAGACGAGGAGUCAAGGCCACACAUAGAGGAUAAGAUAAGAGCUGACAUGGUGAAAGAAGUGAGAAAAGAAGUGAAGGUCUCAUAUACAUCUAAAGUCUUCCUGCAGCAAGAUAGAACACCCAUCACCAAUAGUGAGGAUCCUGAUGGAGAGGAAGUGACAUCGCAUCUACUCAAAACAAGAAAGACUACAAGCAGGGUCAUAGGUCAGGGCUCAGACUCAAGGGAACAGGCAGGGGCCAGUCUGGAGACAGAGCAGAAGUUGGAGAAGAUCCGACGGAGCCACCAGGAAAAGGAGAGCCAGGAGCUGGAGCAGCUUCGCCAGCGGCAGGCUGAGGCUGAGGUGGAGCUAGAGGAGCUCAAGAAGAGGAGAGAGGAACGCAGAAGAGUGCGUGAGGAAGAGGAGCGCAGGAAGGAAGAGGAGGAGCAGCAGCGUCUGGCAAAGGAGGAGGAGGAGAAGAGGCAGAUGAAGGAGGAUAUUGAGAGGAGAAGGAUGGAGGCAGCUGAAAGGAUGAAGAGCCUGAAUAUGUCCUCCCCAGAUGGGGAUGAGUCAUUCAACCCUCUUAGUCCAAAGAGUCCCACUUUCAAGAGAGAGCAUGAGGAGAGAUUGACAGCUGAAAGUACAUGCUCGAUCAUGGACAGAACAGAGUCCUUGAAUCGGUCCUUAAAGAAAAGCAACAGCUUUAAGAAGACUCAGCCACCGCUACUCCUAUCUAAGAUCGAUGACAAACUGGAGCAGUACACUCAUGCUAUAGAGAGCUCGUCAAAAGAACCAAAGACACCUAAGUCAGCUGUCGUGGACAUGCCCAGUGUUCCUGAACCAGUGGUUGCCAAAAAGAACCUGUUUGAGGCAGGAGAGGCCUGGAACCAGGGCACAUCCAAAGGAACUCCAUCAAAGGACACCGAUGGACUGAAGGUGGGCGUGGCUGAUCUGAUCACUCAGUGGGUAAAAGGAAGUCCAGAGGCUGGGCACAGAUACAUACAGCCCAAACCAUGUGAUGUUAAAGCAGGAGAUGUGCUCCAGAAGAAGAACAUGUGGGAGAUCAUAGGGGAAGCAACCGGGCAGUCAGGUCAAGCAGGGAAGGGCACCUCUUCUGGCAAACGCUACAAGUUUGUUGUGACCGGCCAUGGCAAAUAUGAGAAGAUUUCCAUUGAUGAUGACCAUUACAGUGAUUACGCAAAUGGAAAAUCAAGGGACCUGUGCCACAAUGACUUGUAAAGGCCAUAUAAUGGUGAUUUGGAUGAUUUACAAGGAUGCGUUGUUUAUUACAGGUUUUACAUUCACAUGCAUAAUCAACUAUCAGUUGUAUUAAGAUACAUGUCUAGCAGUAGAUUUUAUUAUAGAAUGGGUCCUGUUGAUUUUCUUAUGUGUCACACACACACACACACACACACACACACACACACACACACAAACAUAUAUAUUUAUAUAUAUAUAUAUAUAUAUAUAUAUAUAUAUAUAUAUAUAUAUAUAUAUAUAUGCGUGUAUAUGUGUGUGUGUGUGUAUUAUCAUGUCAUGAUGAAGCACAUGUUUACAUUGCUUUUUUUCACCUGUCCUUGUUUAAAACGUAUCCACACAUGUUUCCAGACCGAAAAUCAGAUUCUAAUGUUUGCUGUGUUGUUGAUAUGGUUAUGUAUAUGUAAAUAGGAUGUUAGAGGAAAUAAAAAGAUCAUUGUUAUAUUUUGGAGUUAGACCUAGCCCCAAAUAUUGUAGAUGGAUAAUGAUUUGGAGCCAAACAGUAAAGUUAGGCUUUUUGAAGUUUGUUUUCUAUAUAGAAUGAAUACUAAAAAAAUAGAGAUAGGUUCAAGCCUUUCUCCAGUAAGCGACACUGGUAUAUGGUGUCUAGUUUGUCACUGAGCAUAAUCAACAUCUCAUGGUUAAGAAAUAUCCUUCAUUAACCUGAACACUGGAGUUAAUCCACUUUACUAUAUUUAUGAAAAACAUUUCAGUUCAAAGAUUAUCAUUUGCACCACUAGUCCGCUCAAUAUAGUAUCUCAGCAUGAUUUCCCUGUUUUUCUUUAAAAUAUAUAUUUUGAAUGUUUUACAGCUGAAACCCUUUUCUAUUGUACUAGUAUUUUGUUUAAUAAAAUUUACUUUUUAUUAUUAA